AACACCUUUUAUGGACCUGUUUAUGCGCAGUUGCUAUUUGACGAGCCGUGGACACAGAUGUUUAGCGAGGGUAGCAGGAAACAGUUUUCAGGAUGUCAAAGGUUUCAACCGGACCAGUGACAUACAAGAGCAUCGGAAUGAAUGGACAGAGCGACAUGGAGAGAACACUGAGAGAGAAAACUGUCAUCAUCCCUGAGGGCGAAUACGCCACAAUUCGAGAAGAAUUCGUCCAAAAUGUGAUACGUUACAGAGCGAAAGGAUCAAAGUUGAGGGAGGAUGUCCCCUUCAUCGUCAUAUAUCUGUCUUCAUCUCGCAUUAAAGAUGAAGAGGGGCUCAUUUUUGACAAAUUAAGAGGUUUGCUUUCGGCUAUAUUGAUAAUUGCAUCAGUUGGAAAGGAUUCUGAAGUAAGCAUCGACCUUCCAAGAUACUUGGAAUCUACCGUCAAAGACAUCUUGCGUCUUUUCAUAAAAAGUGGACACAUUCUCAACGAUGAUAUGGACAACGAAUGCAUGUUUCACCGUCUGCGGUUAUACUGUUGUCAACUGGAGCGUGGUUGGAUAGAUUAUAUAAAGGAACAUUGGAUUAAAAUCGCCCUUGGUGGCGGUGUCGUGUGUUCGAUAAUUGUGAUAGUGGCACUUACAGCAUACUUUGCGUAAUAAUAUGCUUACGAACAAAAGCUCGAAGCUAUGCAGGUCUCAGAUUUUUAACUUUGCUGGGUAUGGUGCCGGGAUUCCAACUUCCGGACAUGAGUUUCUGGUGUGCCCAUAGAACUCAGCACACCGAUCUGACGUAGAUUAUUUUAUUAGUAUUAUAGGAUAUUUAUAUAGCGCACAUAUCCACGCAACUAGUACAUGGUCAAGGCGCUUGUAUGUUUCGCCCCUCGAACUUUAGAUGUCAAUCUCAACGGCACAUCCUAUUAACAAUCUCUUGCAGCCACUUGGCGCACCGAGUUAUGGCAGCUUUCACAUUCUUACGAGGCACCCAUUCACAGCUGGGUGGACUGGGACACAUAGCCACAGGAUUUUGUUCAAGUUUUACUGCAUGUUGCUGUAUCCGCAACUAGGUGCUU